UUCGCACACCUCCAGCAAGAUGCGCUCCUUCCAGCAGGUCGUCGUCUUCCUCUUCGCCCUUGUGGCUUUCGCUUUCGCCCAGGACACCGUCUCAUACGAUGCCACUGUCUACGUCACUUCGACCAUCUACAGGGUGAACACCGUCACCAUGUCUGGCUAUCCCACCGGCAGCGUCGCAAACUCUACGACUACCAUCCACGCUUCUGUCCCGACCGCGCCAGUCUACUCCGCUGGCAAUAGCACUGCUCCUUACCCGACCGGCACCAUGGCGCCCUCCUCUCCCGCGCCCUCUGCCACCGAGUUCCCCGGCGCCGCAUCGCAGAUGAGCAUCAACAGCGCGCUCGUCGCCGUGCUCGCCGCCGGCAUCGGCUACUUGGCCCUCUGACCGUCCUGAGGCGGCCUUGUUCUCUCUGCGAAUCCCUUCCGCUUCUAGCAUCAUCGACUGGUGCUUGUCUAUGAUUCCGCGCGCUUGUGCAUACUCUAGGAAGCGCCUGGCCUAGCAUUGAGCGCACCAGGACCCCAAAGUUUACGUGUCAUGAGGAUGCCAUUCACCCACUUUUACGCCUUCAUUCGGUACAUUCGGUCCGAGCCCGGGGAGCUAUAU